CUGUUGACGACUACAAUCAACAUGCACGGCUCACGCCGCGUUGGGACUUUACAGCCGGGAGACUACGAUCACGAGAUUGCAAUUUUUGACGAUGAGGACGGAGGCGGGUCGCAGCGAGCUGUAAGCGCCGAAGGCAGAGAGCUCGCCGCCACGGAUACAGUUUCACGCCUGCAAUCUGAACAGGAGGCAGAGACGGAGGAUGAGGAGCGGCCAUCGCAUCGCGGCGAGAGACAAGGCCAAGACGAAGGGCAUCUGCAGCCGAGCAGUGCGUUGAAGGGAAAAGAUGCCGAGGCUCAUAUUUACCAGCUCCCUACGGCAGAGACGACCAGCUCCUUGCGGCCUUCGGUUUCUGGCGAGGGGCCUUCAAUCGAAAUUCGAGACAAGCGGGAGACGGCCAUAGAUAUUCUAUAUGAGAAUGAAAGAGGGGGGUUUUUUUGCGGCGUUGGUUUGUUUUCUGGCGCGGCUCUCGGUGGGCUCGAUCCCACUCCUUGGACCAACGCUUACCACAAUCCAUCUCCUACUGAUAUCCAUACUGCGCAAGUUCCCGAUCCCUCGUGGGAGUGGGUAUGGCCUGAAUGGCGGAUCAAUGAGCAAGAUGGCUUAGAUGAGGGUGGUUGGGAAUAUUCUUUUGCCUUUCAAAAGGCAUUCUCGUGGCACGGACCGAGGUGGUGGAACUCGUUUGUUAGACGACGUGCGUGGAUUCGGAUGAGGGCAAGGAAGCGACCUGAAGAAGCAACUAUCGGUUCAAACCCUCUUAACAAUCUCGACUAUUUCCAUACUCACUCACCGUCCGUUCUCAGCCCACAAGCCAGCCGAGUCGGAAGCAGGGCUCCAAGCAGGGGUCCAAGCCGAUCUCCAAGCCGAUUUAGUAUGACGCAGGCAUCGUCUGCUGAGCCGGAGCAAGAUCGACCGGAUAUCGAAGAUAUACAUAUGUUGCUUCAUGUUCUCCGCUCUGCCAGAAUUGACCGAGAGAGGCGAGAAGCUAUCGAGAAUUACAUCGAACAUGCGAAAGAUCUAUCAGAGCUACAGCAUGAGAUGCAUGAAAUCAUGGCUCUAUUCAUAUUCCAGCAAUCGCGCAGACAGCUACUUUCAUAUUUGCUGCAUAAACAUGAAGAGGCAGCAAAAGCAUGGGAGGAAGACGAAAGCCUGAAAUCGAAGCUCCGCAAAGAGGCCCUUGACGCCGCCGCGAAGCAUGCUGAAGAAGAGGUUUGCAAACUGGCUUAUUGGAGCGAUGUGAAGCAGAUGGCUGAGAGCGGAGAAUUGCGAGACGCUGCUAAUGCAUAUACCCCUUUGUGGUUGGAGGAGUUGAAUUAUGAGACCAGAUCUCUGGCUAUGAAUAAAGAGCCUCUUAUUUUCGCGACACGCCCAAACAAUGCUCGAAACCGCAUGUUCAGAGAGACUUUUCGAGAAAAGAGCGCGGCACAGUCAAAGGAUGUACAACGGAAGCUCGCUUCGCCGUAUGUCCCCACGGCGAGGGGCUAUCCGCUGGUGCAUGCGGCGGAAGAGAGCAAAGUGCAUGCCUUGCAGGUGGCCAAGGUGCAGGUGGCGUUCGACAUGAUAUGGCGAGAUUUUGGCCAGGAGAUGCCGGACUGGUCAGAGACGUAUAACCUGAUGAAGAGGAUGAUGACCAAGAGGAGCGAGCCGCUGAGCAUGGCGGCGAUGAGGAUUGUGCUGCCAAAGUCGUGGGAACUGGAGCUGGACAACAAGAAGGUUGAGUUUGUAGAUUCGACGACGGGAUUGCUUGCCAAGCUUCGAGUUUCUUCGGAUCAUCAGAACCCCUCGGCGAUUAUUCUGCGUGGAAAGAGCUCAGUGUUGGCGAGCGCGGCGGAGGAAUUGGUAGCUGCGUGCAAGGACGUUGAAGUAUACAGGCUUGGAGAAGUUGCGGCAUUUGGCUACGAGGUGAAGCGACUUUGGCCUGCCAUUGAGGAUGCCGCGGAUGGUGGCACGUUUAUCCCAGAAGAUAAGCUCGACAAUAUCUGGGUGCAUCAGGAGCAUCAAACGCAUUGGAUCGAUACGCCGUACGAGCAGACGCCUAAGCCGGAACAGUGGACGAUUGAGAAUCUCGAAUCAUACAUCACGACGCUUGUUUGCGGCCGCCUGCGUCCGCAUCUUGCGCUACGCUACUAUGUAAAGCCCGAAAAGGACGGCAAGUUUGUCGACACGGACGGUAUCAGAAUCCGCAUGAUUAUGGAUGCCCUCACAGACGCCGAUGCAAAGGCCUGCAUUACACCGUCGACACUGAAGAUGGCCAUGUCAUUCAUGGCCCACAAAGGAGGCCAUCGGGCCGACGCAGACCGACUGCUGGCUCUGGCAGGAGAAUGGGGUAUACCCCUAGAUACAGAAGUUUUCAAUAUUAUGCUCGAAGGCUAUGUCACUAAACGUGACGUUGGAUUCUUCCAUUGGCUGCUUCGAAAGAUGGAGCAGCGAUACUUUCACCCCAAUGCGCGGACGUGGCUACUGUUCCUCGAGCUGGUCGAAAAAGAGACGGAAAGAAGACAGAUCAUCGUGGCCAUGUACGACUUGGGCUUGUUCAAGGAUCCUGCCACGCGCAGGGGAAUUGCGCGGAUCAUGGCCGCCCAUGACGCCUACGUUGCCUUCAAGUCUGGCAAAAGGCUCCCCGUCUUCAUGGCGGAACAGAAGUCGCGGUAUGGCGAUGACUGGUUCACGACUGAUGCUAUAAAGAGCAUAUUAACAGAGUUCUUCCGGUUCCACGAGCGGAACAAUCGCCGCUACGACGAGUUCAAGAGCCUUAUCGAAAUGCAGUCUGAAGAUGGCCGCAAGGUUGGCGUCGAUACCAUUAACCUGGUUCUAGACAAAUGUCUGUUCUACAAGGACUGGGAUACGGCCAUGUGGGCGCUUACCAAACUGAAGGAGUCUGGAAACGAGGCAGAUGCGACAACGUAUCGAUACAUUAUUCGGCUGGCCAUCAGGCUUCAGCUGCCGCAUUCCCUCGGCGUGGCUGUCUUUUACGGAGCGCUAGAGUAUAAAUUGCACUAUCUCACGAGAAUCAUUCUGCGCCGCCAUCUCGCGAAUCACGUCAAAGAUACAUUCUGGCUGCAGCAUAAACCAAAGAUGCUCUCCAAGGACAUGGGCCGCCUCCUGCGGGAGAACCAAACCAGAGGGAUAUCCAGGAUGCUGUCCCGUGUGGAAUGGGCCAUCAACCAAGUCUGCGAGGGAUAUAAGCCCGCGAAACCGCUGGUGGAUAUGCUUGACCUCGCUCAGCGGACAAAGGACAAGCCGCUGCUCCUGCGGCAUAGACAUCCCAAAGACUUCCAUGAGACGGAAGGCAAGAAGGCAAUGUACGUGCAUUUGAAUUGGCAUUUCGAUCCAAAGACGAUGGUGAAGGGCUGGAAUGAAGACAAGGCAAAGAAAUCACAGCAAUGGUUUGACGAAUAUAAAAGGGAACCGCAUGGUUUAGAAAGGAGUUCUUGAGGGAGGGAGGGAAAGGAAGUUUUUUUAUUUUAUAUCAUUUUGGCAAAGAUCAAUGAAUCUGUGUAAUUUAUAUAGAAACUCGGAGGGGACGUGUCUUGGGUAGCAUGGUAUGUUAUGGCACAGAUAAGCAGCAGUUCAGUUACUGCUUUUUUUAACGGACAUUUAUGAAUAUCACAACUGUAUACUAGCAGAUAAGCAAGCAUAUAUAUAAAAAUCUCAUGUACAAUAUAUUGAAGACAUGGCAUGUGCCAAAAAGUAAGUGUCUUGACAUCAUCUGCCUUUCUAGUCUUAUGCCGCACCUCCACAAGAGAGGCCAUUUUCACUCUCGCCUUUUCUUCGUAGCCCUUUUCCUUUUUUUUUUUGCUCUUCUUUUACCAUCUACAAGCGAAGCCUAAAAUAAGUUGACAUCACCACCGGUCAUAUCUUCCAAAGAUGAGAUACACAUCUAGUCUGGAGAGAAGCUGGGGGCAGAAUGGUGAUGUAUACGUACCUAGGCAGCAUGUGAAAACACCAGUCAUGCCUGUCAUCCGAAAAGCAAACCCACACGGUCUCCCAUAUUUAAAACGCGAAUAGUGCCUCAUUUCACCAAUUGGUUCACAACAUCACCCGAGCCUGAAUAGUAUGAAAAAGCGGACAUCUGUGGACAAGGUUGGUUGGGUAUCAGAAAUGAUAAUAAAUGGGUCUGGAGCAAUGCGAGAAAAGAAAUUAUAAUAGAAACAAAAGGAUCAAGCUCUGAGAUGGCGGUUUUCCUGUUCCAAGACGUAGGACGGAGUGAUAAAAAAAAGAAGAUGCGCGUCAAGGGGGGGGAAACCGUGUGUAUGCUGCAAGAGACCCAACUCUCCUUGAUCCAAAUAUUAUACCACCGGUACACCAAAUAUCAACAACGAUAUAAAGAACCGUAUAAAGAGGGCAACACUCAGAAAGUCUAACCGCCCCCUAAUCCUCUGCCCUCUCCCCCACGUUUGCUAAUAGCCCUUUCCUUUCCUUCUUCCUGGCUUACCUAGGUAAGGGUACACAUGUUCCUCCACGCCUUGGUUCGAGAUCGAGAUUACGCCUAGUUCGAGCGACAGCCGGAAAAGAAAAAAAGAAUAUAAUGACACAUAUUCAUCGAUAACACAAGGGCGGGGGGCUUCAAGGCGGGCUACCUGAAAAGGGCGAAAGGACCACCUAAUCCUUCUUACUCUCCUCAGAUGCCUUGUCGUCUUGUUUCGUCUCCACCGGAGCAGAUGCUGACCCGGGCGCUGGCUUGGACUCUGAAUCUUCCUUAGCCUCGGAUUCUUUAGGGUUCUUUGAAAUCUGGCUGGGAAGAUCCUUGUCCUCGUCAGCGUUGUCAAACAUCUCGGUGUCGUCAGCUCCGGUCAGGACUUCCGUGCCGUCGCCAAGGAAGAUGAUGCGACCACGGUUUCCGGAAAGGCUGAACUUGCCACCACUCUCCUGGUCAAGGUCAUAGCCGCUGUCACUGUCCUCGUAGUUGUGGUGGACUCCCGGGCCGCGGAACUCGGC